GCCGCCUUGUUUCAACUAAACAAAGAAGAAGGCUAGCAUCGCGUUUGCUCAUGUAAUCAAUAGCAAGCUUUGCCUUUCACCUUGAGACAGAGCACUUGACCACGACUUGAUUGAAUAAAUUAUGUGCAUUUGCGGCGGUGGCGAAAAGGAAAAUUCGCCUCCUGAGCUGGACCAAGUUACCCUAUUUAGAGUGCUGAAACCCUUGUCAGCGCGGUGCACCUUCAAACUCUUCGAGUUCCAAGCAAGGCAGGGCCAGGAGCCCGGCCGCUUAUAUGACAUUGGGAAGUAUCUACUUGUCGUGGUAGAUGGACGUGAGUUUCGAAUUCCGCUGUAUCGAUCGUUCGUCAAUGUGUCCGGUCAAGAGUUUAUCUUCACUUGGCAGCAUCUUGAAGAUACAGAGGGAACGCCUGGAGAGGGCUCCGCAAUGAGUGUGCAUCUGGCAAGCGCCACAAGGGUAUCUGAGAUACAGGCUGCUGUCGACAGGGAGUGUCCUAGUGCCAAACGGAUCUCCAACGAGGGGAUAAGGACUUCAGACACUGCUGUAUAGCAUGGCGUUUUAGCAUGGUGUAAUACAUGAAUCAUUCAUCACCACGCAUGAAACUGAGACCUUCGAGAGUAUGCCUU